AUGACCGAUUCUCUGUUCGAGACGACAGAUCUGCUCGUCUCUUACAUGUUUAUCAGAGAACUGAAUGUGAACGAUUCUGGAGAAUAUAAGAUUAUAGUCGAAGCUUCUGAAGACUACAGUUUCUUCUCUGAGUUUCACCUGAACAUCAGUGACGCUGAUUGUUGUGAGAAGAGCAUCAGUCUCUCAGCUGCUGCAGGAGCAUCUGUGAACAUCAGCUGCAAAUACCCACAAUCCCACAGUGCUGAUGUGAAGUUUGUCUGCAGGAGAUCUGGAUCUGAUCUCUGUGCUGAAGAGACGUCUGUGGAGGAGAGCAGAAGAUGGAGCGCUGAGGGACAGAUCCAGCUGUAUGAUGACAGAGAGCAGCAGCUCCUGACGGGAACCAUCAGUCAUGUGACUCGACAACAUUCAGCUGAAUACUGGUGUGGAGUUCAGUCUGAUCAAGGACACAAGAGCUUCAUCACACGAGUCCUCAUCAGCGUUACAGAGGCAAACACUCACAGAAUAUCUACAUCGUCGUCAUCAUUAUUACCACCAUCUUUCUCAUCAGCUGAAUCAUCUGUGUCUCCUGUAACAGGCUCUUCUCUGAUCAUCAGUGUGUCUCUGCUUCUUCUUCUGAUCUUCACUGUGAUUCUGUCAGUGAUCGUCACUCUCUGGAGGAGGCAUCAAUCUCACAAAGCUCAUUCCUCAUCCAGAAGAUCUCACAUGACACCAGCAAACAGUGACGCGGUUUCUCAUUAUCAUUGUGAUUACGAGGAGACAGAAGACAAUCACAGACAAUUACCCACAAACCCCUCCGAUCCUACAAAUACAAUCUAUGCUACUCCAGGAUUACCCAUAAACCCCUCUGAUUCUACUAAUACAAUCUAUGAUACUCCAGGAUUACCCAUAAACACCUCUGAUCCUACAAAUACAAUCUAUGCUACUCCAGGAUUACCCAUAAACCCCUCUGAUUCUACUAAUACAAUCUAUGAUACUCCAGGAUUACCCACAAACCCCUCUGAUUCUACUGACACAAUAUAUGCUAAUCCAGGAUUACCCACAAACCCCUCUGAUUCUACUGACACAAUAUAUGCUAAUCCAGGAUUACCCACAAACCCCUCUGAUUCUACUGACACGAUAUAUGCUAAUCCAAGAUUACCCAUAAACCCCUCUGAUUCUACUGACACAAUGUAUGCUAAUCCAGGAUUACCCAUAAACCCCUCUGGUUCUACUAACAGAGUUUACAAUACACGGUAACAUCACAGAAGUCCACAUGUAUUUCAGUCAUGUAUUUACUGAGGGUCUGAAUGACACAGACGGUCCUGAUAAUGUUCCUUCAACAAUUAUCUGUAUUCACAUUAAUGUCUAUUAUAUCAUGCAGUUAUGAGCCAGUGAAUACAUGUUAGUUAUUGACUGUUUCAGUUUAUUUGCUCCGUAAACACAACCGUUGCACCUGCUGAAGGGAUUUAUGUUAUUUUCUCAAUACGUUGUGUAUUUAUGAACAAAAUAAAAGAUGAUUGUUUUUUAUAACAACACAUUGCUAUUAUUUUAACAUGAAAUCACAUCAGUAACUAAUGUUCUUGUUCUUACAAACUCAGCAGCAGCUCACAUCUGCCCACAUAAACUGCAUUAUGUUUUGAUUUAUGUUUCAGUUACACAGCUCUUGAAGGUCAGUUAUUCUGCAUCAUAAUGUUUUAUGAAAUGUAAUGUAAUCAGCUGGACUGACUGUGAUUGUGUCUGUGUUGAAUCUGAGCUGCUGUCCGUGGUGCUGAUCUUCAUCUGAACACUAGAGGAAGCCGCUGGACUCUCAAUCCUCAACACUUUCACUUUGCCUUUAUUUCUUUCACUUUCGUUUCAAUCUGAUGUGUUUGGUAUUUGUCUCCUGAUGGAGUCCCUGUGGAGGCCAGAUUCACUGAAGGAACUGAAAGAGUAAAAGAGUCAUUCAAACAAAUAUAUUGGGUUUUAUUCAACUGGUGACUAUGAACAUGAAGUCACUUAAUAUGUUUAACAUUGUUAUAUAAGUUUUGAUUAUGCUGUUUAAAUUACAUAAGAACGUAAAUGAUGAAUGUAAAAAUACAGAGAAUUUUAAAGUGUAAUAUCUUCACAGUAAUAUACCAUAUACCAGUAAUAAUGAAACAAUCUGUCACAACCAGUUGCUGGAGUGCCCAUGCCAGCCACCAGAGGACGCUCUUUUUGGAUUGUUGUUUUUCGGAUCUGGACUUUGUUUCCCAUCAGCCCUUGCACUCAUGAUCAUCAUUCACAGCUGUACUUCUUUUACUGAUUAGUCCAUCCUUGAUUAUACCCUGUUCUCAGUGUGUUUGGUUGCUGGAUUAUUGUUUACAGUUCUCUUUUUUUGUGGGUUCCUCUGUGGAUUAUUUUUUGCUUAUGUUUCGGUUUUAGCCCCAAUGUGGAGUACUUCUUGGACUCUAGCCUAUAAUAAAAGCUGCAAUUGGAUCUAUUUUAUUUGAGAGUUCUUCGUGACACAAUCAGAAACUGUUCACAGUUGCCAUAGAAAGCGCUGCUGUUUUGGAUGCGUGUCAAUCAUUUUAUUUUCACAUCCCGAUUUAUUAUUCUCUCUCCCUCUCUAUCUGUGGCAGAUGUAGAGGAAGUGGGCGUCUCUCACAUUCAUCAGUUCAUGUUAAACAUGUAACCAGGAAAGAAACACUCGAAACUCAUCUGAACACACAUCGAGAGCUUCAGAAGAACUGAAUAUACAACAACAGAGAAGAUCAUUGAAUAAGAAUAAGAACUAAAGAGAAAGAUAAAUGGUUUGAUUCUGGAAGAUUCUCUCUGUAUGACGACACAACAGCAGCAGUUUUCACUGUGACCUUCAGAGAUCUGAGUGAUCUGGAUUCUGGGACGUACCAGUGUGCAGUUGAUAUCCAUCGCGGUACAGAUUUCUACACUGAAGUGAAGCUGAAAGUUUUAACAGUUGUUGUUGGUGCUCCAGAAACAGUCACAGGACUCAGAGGAGAGAGACUAGACAUCAGAUGCAGCUAUGAAUCUGGAUAUGAGUCAAAUUCAAAGUAUUUUUGUAAAGGCGAGUGUAUCUUUGGACUUAGAAACAU